UUACUUCAAUUGACUGUGCUAUAAAUAGCUUUAAGAUUGUUGGUAUACAUUAUUGUUCUGCAUCUCACAGUUGACUAAUAAUGUCUCAUAUAGUGUCUAUCGACGACUGCAAAACAAUUGUCAGCAAUUAUCUACAAAUUGAUAAUUUCUCAGUAAAAAGUUUCAAAUUACAUCCACAUGGGAAAGACGUCAAUGGAUUUCUUGGUGAGCACUUGUCGCUUCAAAUAAAAAUCCAGUAUCCGGAAGAUGAAGAAGUUCACAAGUUGAAAUUCUUUGCGAAAAGAUUCCCCUACGAACAAGUUCUGGCAACGGAGUUUGCUAAAAGUGUUAAUGCUUUUGGAAGAGAAAUCGCACUAUACGAAGAAGUUCUAAAGGAGUUCAAGAGGACAAUACCUGGCUUUGAAGAUACGUUUAUUGGAAAAUUCUGUUUUGGUACAUACGAUAUGGUGGUGUUUGAAGACUUAUCUGUCAAAGGAUAUACCGUUGCUAAAAAACCAAAUUUGAAUCUCCUUGAUUUGGAGCAUCUUAGACUAGUGAUUAAAGUGCUAGCCAAGUUCCACGCAGGUUCCAUAUUAUUUGAAGAAAUUAAAACUAACGAAUGUGGCUCCAAACAAACAAUAGUGGAUUGCAUCGAUGUUAAAAUGGACGAACCUUUAUUUGUGAACAACAAGGAACUACUAGGUACGCAAUAUUUGAAUGCAAGUUUGAAAGGUCUGCUGGCUUUAAUUGACGAGCUCCCAAAGAACUGCAUGACUAACGAGGCAUUCAAACAAAAACUGGAAGAGCUUCACGCACACAUGUUUGAAAUUAUGGAACCACAAACAAAAUUUAGAAACGUGCUUUGCCACGGUGAUCUCUGGCCGAAAAAUUUUAUGUACAAAUACGAGCAUGAUGUGCCCAUCGAUUGCAAGUUGGUGGAUUUCCAACUGCAAAGAUACUGUCCGCCUGCUCAUGACGUCUUAACAUUAAUAUUUUUGACGACCAACAAAGAAAUGAGGCAACAUCAUUUCCACAAUCUCCUGAGGUUUUAUCACAACUGCCUCAAAGAAGAGCUCAACAGACACGGACUCGAUAUUAAGUCAAUUUUAUCGUUUGAUGAAUUCAAAGUGUCAGUUCAUUAUUAUUUACCCUACAUUAAACUUUUUAGUGCUUAUCAAAUGUCGAUGUUGUCCACAAAUGGUGACUACAUAAAAACAUUAAUGCAGAACAAGGAACAAUUUAAAAUUUUUACUUAUGGUGAUAGGUCACUUUUUAUUAAAGAUAUAUUUAGGGAAGACGAGAACUACAAAUUUUUAAUGAGUGAGGCACUUGUGGAACUUCGGGAAAUUGUAUCUAUACCCAGAGUAACCCGCGAAGAUUGCUACAAAGUGAUGAAUAGGAAACUUGGAUCCUCAUAUUACGUCCUGGAUUCAUUCGAAGUUGUUCCUUACUCCGGUGCUCUAGGCUUUAUGGGUGAAUACUUUAGACUAAAUAUUUAUAUUCAUUAUCACUUAAAGAAGAGGAAGUUUCAAUUCUUUGUGAAGACAAUGCCCGCCAAGCAAUCUGCGAAUGAUAUAGCAACCGCUACUGGAUUAUUUUCUAAGGAAGUUUUUGUGUACGAGAAAUUUUCUCAAAUGGCUAACAACAUGGAUAUCGACUUGAUAAAAGAUUGUAUCAUUGGCUGUUACUACACGAGGCUUAAUGACAUUGAAAUUUUAGAUGAUAUGAGCCUGCAAGAGUACAAAACACUUGGAGUAGCUGAACCACUUACUAUAGACAUGUUAGCAGUUGGUUUGAAGCAACUUGCAAAGUUUCACGCUACUUCUUUGUUGAUAGAAGACAGGAUGUCGGAUCAACUUGACAGUCCCUAUCGUUUAAUCGAUUUGUUCCACGAUUACGUUAAAGAUGUCGCGUUCAACAAAAUGCCAAGCAAUAUCAGUGAGCGUUUUUGGAAAGUAGGUGCCAAUUCGGUAGAGACAGCAAUCGAUCUUUUCCCAGACAUUGCUAAUGAUAAAUUGACUAUCGAAAAUUUUAAAUUAAAAGCUGACAUUGUCCGAGACAGCUUUUAUAGUAAUAGUAAGCCUUCAAAGCAUUUUAGAAACGUAUUGUGUCAUGGAGAUUUAUGGUCAACAAACAUGAUGUACAAAUUCAAGAACAAUGAACCAGUUGAUGCAAAAAUUAUUGACUUCCAAUUCACUAGAUACUGCGUACCAGGACACGAUGUCCUUAGUUUUAUUUACUUUACAACUAGAAGGGAACUAAGAGAAAAAUCUUUGAACUACUUGAUAGAAAUUUACUAUAAGGAGUUAUGCAAAGCCGUAGGAAAAUGCGGUGGUUACAUUGAAGAAAUCUACCCUUAUAAAACAUUCAUGGAAAUGAUUGAGUAUAUAACACCCCAAGUUUUGAUUCAAAAUAUUAUUAUGCAAGAAUUUAUUGCUUGUCCUAGUGAUGAGUUGGAUAAAUUCUUUAGCAUUGAAGAGGCAAUUCAAAAAACUUAUUUUGAAGAUAGAACUGAUCUUAUUCAUCAAAUGUGUAAAAUAUCCACAUUGUAUAAAGAUAUUUUAAAGGAUACUAUACUGGAUUUGUAUGAUUAUUGCCAAAGUGAUUUCAUUUCGUAGUUAAUUCUAGUUAUUUUAAAAAAAUUAAAAUAUAUUUAUGUUUAGCACUAUUAAAUAAACUAUUAGCUGACAUA